CUUACCUCGCCCCGCACAUGCCGACCGCGCUGACAUUUACGUAGUGAGCCUCGUGCCGUCGCCUAGACGCACGUCUGAGCCCGCCUUUAUAAACCAUUCGAAAAUCGAAUGCUCUUUAAUUUUUUUUGUGACACAGUUAAGUGAAUGUUUCAAGGGCCGUUUUCCCGGGAUUGCUAUAGCAACGAAUGACGUCAAGUUCAGGGGCGGUUGGUGCAUUUUGGUUCAAUAAUCACCCUUCGAGCUGCUUUGUUCCCCGGUCCUCAGUUUUGUUUACAUUUUGGAUCUGAGGAUGCUGACCGACUGAGCCGAAUGCUGUUUUAUGGAGAAGUGCACUUACGUUUGCAGUCAUGAGUUUGAUGGCGAUAAUCAAGUUCGGAUACACCCUCAUUGUGGUCACAUUCAUUUUAAUGAUAUGGGCGUCCUUAGCGAGAGCUCUAGAAUUACACGUAGACACCGGUCACCCACCGUGUCUGUUUCAAGCUCUCUGCACGUGUUCAAAGCCGGCUGGUGACCUAGGAAUAGUGACCUGCAAACAUGUUCCUAUCCUCCGAGUACCAGCUGCAGUCAACAGCUCGAAAGUGUUCACAUUGCAGCUCACUGGAAACAAGAUCAGAGAUCUUGAGCCUCAUUUCUUCCAAGCUACGGGUAUGUACAGACUGGCUAUAAACCAGAAUCCGCUAGAGAGCAUCCAAGAUGAGGCAUUUUAUGGACUAGACAAUACACUCUGGGAAUUGGAGCUGAAACAGGACAGGUUAACAUCAGUCCCGAGCCGAGCGUUAAGGUACCUCCAGAAAUUGCGCCUACUUGAUUUAACGGGUAAUGAAAUCACAGAAAUAACGGGCGAUAAUUGGCUAGGAUUGGAGAACUCAUUACAAACAUUAAUAUUAUCUGAUAAUUCAAUUGCCACCCUACCUCUCGAUGCGUUCUCGGGACUGCUGAUUCUCGAAACACUAGAUUUACAUGGGAACCAUUUAUCUGUGAUCGACAGUGGAGUCUUCAGAGAUGGUAUGAGCAGACUAAGUAAGCUUCUCCUUGGUGACAACCAGCUCACGUUGAUUCCUUACGAGGAGCUGUCUCCACUUCGCCAGCUCCGUCACUUAGAUCUUUCUAACAAUCUUAUUAAGCAGGUUCCACCAGCUCAUGAUCUUAAUGGUGUGAAGCUGUCUCUGGAUUAUCUAAAAUUGGACCAAAACAACAUAAAAAUCCUUUUACCGGGUUCGUUUAAAUACUUUAAUAUCUUAAACACGACAAGUCUCAAUGGAAAUCCUAUUUUUACAAUAAGAGAGGACGCGUUCCGUAAUGCGAAAAUAAAAACGUUAUCUCUUCGAGACUGUGGUGUAACUGAACUAUCCCCAGCCUCCUUCGCCGGUCUCGAGAACAGUCUCCAGAAUCUGGAUCUGUCUGAGAAUAAUUUGACGAUGAUAUCAAAAUUCAUGUUGAACAAGUUAGAUUCGUUGCGUUUCUUGAACCUUAGAGAGAAUAAGGUUGACACAAAUUUACUGGCAACGAAUAAUCCUUCUGAAUACUCAACAACACCGUCUGUAAACAAUUUUCAAUACAAAUUGUUCUAUUUGGAUAUCAGUGGUUCGUCAUCACUGGAAAUGAGCUUACAAGACGUCAGAAGAAACGAGUCUGACAUACAAUUUUGCCGAUAUCAGAGCAAAAUGCGUUCUCUUCGAUACUUAGCAGUGAGUAAACUAAUAAGGCGCAGUAUUACUUCAGAAGAUUUCCUCGAAUUCGGCGUGGAAUUGGAAGAUUUGAAAAUUAUAGGAAGCACAAUUAAUCGAAUCGAAGCCAGUGCAUUUCAGCAUGUUCGAACUAUAAAAACAUUAGAUCUCUCUGAAAACAAUAUAGAUUUUAUAGACCCCUUUGCUUUUGCUGAGUUACACAGUCUAACUACACUUAAAAUGGCGAACGGGUUAGCCGAUUCCGUGAAAAUACUGCCUUUUGAACCAUUAAAGGCUCUUAUUGAAUUAGAAUAUUUGGAUUUGAGUAACAACAAAUUGAAGAACGUACCUGACACGUCUUUCCAUUUUAUGUACAAAUUGAAAACACUCAAUUUACAAGAUAAUCUGAUUGAUCAAUUUUCUAAGGGAACUUUACAGAGUGACAUCCAUAGGGAGUUAGAGAGUGUUUGCUUGUCAUUAAAUCAACUGCAGAGGAUCGAUCAACACACUUUUGUCAAUUUGAGGGAACUACAAGAAAUCCUCAUAGAAGACAAUUUAAUUGAAACAGUUUACAGAAGAUCUUUUACGAGCUUGGACAAUUUGAAAGUGAUCAGAUUAAGAGGGAAUAUUAUCACAGAAAUAAGUGAAGAAUCAUUUCAGAAUUUACCAGCGCUGAAAGAGUUAGACAUAUCGUUCAACCAAUUGGAAACGUUUAAGUUUUCAAUUUUCGACCAAGUAGGUUCAGCAACGGCUUUGAAAGUAAAUGUUUCAUACAACAGAAUCAUUUCGUUAACAGAUUCGAAUGCUCCUAGUUUCUUUACGUCAAAUUUCUAUCCCCCACCUAAAGCACAAAGAUUAGUAUCAGAGGAUCCCAGUCCUCUGCGUAUUGAACGAGGUCUUGGAACUGUUUCAGUCAAUAUACGGGUUUUAGAUUUCUCUCAUAACAAUAUAUCCUACAUUGCGCCUUAUUAUUUUAGACAUGCCGAUUUAACUCUAUCGGAAUUAUAUCUUUCAUACAACUUAAUAAGGAACGUAACUAGGGAAGUUUUCGGCUCAAUGCUCAUGCUGCAAUACUUGGACUUAUCACAUAAUCAAAUAUUUCAUAUGGAAUAUGAUUGCUUCAAGAAAGUUAAAAACUUACAGAUAAUAGACUUAUCUCACAAUCAUCUGAUUGAACUACCCGUUGAAGUAUUCCACGACAUGCAGGCGCUCACUUCAGUCGAUCUUUCUGAUAACAACAUUAAGAACUUGGCAGACAACCUCAUUAUAUCCCCGUCUCUAGAAAGGUUAGACUUAUCCGAUAACGAUCUAUCAAGAAUACCAACAAACAGUCUGUCACCUGCUGCAGCUAUUAAUUUAGUUGAACUUGACUUAAGUGGCAAUACAAUCCCAGCUGUAGCCAUCGCGGAUUUAGUUCAAAGAUUCAGACACGAACCGAGCGAGUACUGGCUGGAGGAGCCGGACUACAGUGACGAAUACAUGUACCACACCGCUAGACGAGACCAUCCCAGAGUGUUGCACCGAAAAAUACAGUACCCGCAGAAUGUUUUGUAUAAGUCGCUUGCCUGGUUGGACCUCUCUGACAACCAUUUGGUUAGAGUUGAAAGCGGUUCUUUCACGGCCUUACCAAAGCUACUUUGGUUGGAUUUGAGUAUGAACACACCGUUCAACAACGGUGAACGUGGUAGUAGUAUCUUUAAGGGCUUGGAAAGAAGAUUAUCGCAUUUAGGAUUAAAGAAUGUUAGCCUAACGUCUGUACCAUCAAUGCCAUUGCCGAAGUUGAAAAGUUUGGAUUUAUCAUACAACAAUCUCCCAUCGGUCCCGACGGACAUUACUGCAAAUCUGACCCGCCUUCGAUCAUUAGAUCUUUCGUAUAAUGACUUAACGAAUGUUCCAGUUGCAACACACUCAUUGAGCGAACUUCGAUGGCUGUCUUUAUCUGGUAAUCCUAUAUCGGCUCUCAUGAACACUAGCAUGUAUGGAGUCUCACCACGACUUGAAUAUCUUGACGUUACGCAUCUAAAAUUAAGUAUAUUAGAGCAUGGCGCUUUCAGUAAGAUGUAUGGUUUGAGAACUUUAAAGAUAUCUGUAAAUGGUAAUAUCAGAGAUUUUAAUAUACCUAAAAUUCUUACACACAAUGAUGCUCUGGAAAAUCUUUAUCUACAAAUUGAUAACACGCAGGUCGAUCUGAGCAAAGAAAUGCUCGGGUUUUUGCCAUCCAAAUUAAAUAAUAUCACAAUAACCGGACGAGCAUUGAAAUUUCUCUCCCAGAAUGUUUUAAAAGGCGUAACAUCACAGACGCUAACACUAACAGUUUACAAUACUAGCAUCGAAGAAAUAGAGAAUGAAGUUUUUUGGAGACCUGGUCGUAUCAAGAACUUAACCUUAGAUUUGAGGGAUAAUAUGAUCGCUAGAGUACCAAACCCAGCUAGGCACGAAUGGCCUGGUGUACCCAACUCUUUAUUCCUUCAUAAUAUUUACGUAGCUGGAAAUCCUCUUCAGUGUGAUUGUCGUAUCGGGUGGGUGCAAGCAUGGGAUAGGAAGAGAAGACAGUACCUUUGCGAUGGCCCAUCUGACUGUAUAGCAACAAGGGAUGAUGUCCGAUUUGCAAAAUGUCCUUCUCAUUAUAAUCGAACUUUCAGUGAUGUUAUAGCAAAGGACCUCGAUUGCAGCUGGAGUAAGGGAUUUUUCAGAUCACCAAAUAUUUUCAUUAUUAUAACGAUGUCUAUUCUGACAUAUCUUUAUAUCUGAGGUUUGUUUUGGCUCCUUGAUAUGUCCGAAGAGUUCUACAAAGCUAUGGGAAUGGUUUACAAAAAUAAUUAAUCUCUGAAGAGAAUUCAACCUAGUCAAACUAUUUUGAAUAUGCUCAACGUAUCUUUGAGUGUAUUGAAAUUUGAUUGAUGAAGCCAAUGAAGAAACAGAAGUGGAACGAGGUAGUGAUAUCAUCAACUCAACUCACAGUACCUUAACGUGGCCUAUUCGAAUUAUUCCGAUCUAAGCAACCAAAUCAUAGUUAGUGUAGUGAUUCGGAAUUACUCUAAGACAUGAGGAAUGGGAAGAUGCAGAUAAAAGACGCAUUACGAUUGCUAUUAAUAGGAAACAAGUGAAGCCUACAAAAUUGUGAUUUAAAGAUAAUCUGAAGCGAUGUGUGAUCUCAAUGGAUUAUUUCUACAAAGUUACCAUUCAAAGAUGUUAUCAUUAGUUUUUUCUUAUACUGCAUAGAAUAUUCUCCGGAUUGUGUUUUAUUUUUAAGUAUUUACAGUAAGUAAUUAUUUCGAAUAUAUUUUGCAUUAUUUAACAGUGAAAUAUGUGAUAUUGAUAUACGUGUUGUUUUAAUAUCGAUUGGCACAUCGGAACUGAAUUGACAUUGAGAGUGAAGUGCACUUAGUGUGAUCGAAGAGUCGCAUUUGGAACUUUAAAGAAUUUCAUUCGAAAGCAAUGACUUUAAUGGUAGCGUCUGAGUAGACUGCAUUCACUCGAAUGAUAUGUGUUCGUCCAUUGUUAAGAUAAUUAUUUAUAUGUUUUUGUGUAUUAGGAUAAUAAUUACUGUCGAUAAUUUCAUCAUCUGCGACGCAUCGUUAUAUAUUUUCGUGAGAAACAUUUCAAGGUACAUUCGAAACUGUAAUUUAAAACGUUCUUUGUCUCUUUGACCAUUAUUAUUAGUGAUAUCUUUAUAUAAAAGCUUUACUUAUACAAUUUAUUAUCUUAAAGUAAUUUUUACUCAGAGUAUCUUCGAUUAAAUCGCUUUCUUAUAUACCCUCUAAAUUUCAUUGUUUCAAUUUCAAAGUCUAUCAAGUUAUCUAGUUUAAAUUCAAAAAAAUAUUUUAUUACAUAACGACAUAUUACUAUUAUAUCUAUUGAAUACAUACGAAAUAUGAUGUACGUACGUACUUACGUACGUAAUGGGUCAUUAAUUAGAAUUACAUUGACUGAAUUUAAUUACUCCAGUAUAAAAUACUAUAUAGCGCUUAGUUUUACGGUGUUCGAUCUUCGUAACUAAAAGUAAUAAAUUUAUAAUGAGUAAUCUAAAAUUUUACUUUCAGCUUUAGUUAGUUUGUUAAUUCCAUUUAAAAUUUUAAAUAUUUUAGUACACUUAUUAGGCAGUCGCGUUUUAUUGCAUUUACAUCUAUAGACAAAUGCAUGUUAGUCGUAGCUUGUUUUAAUUAAAAAAUAAUGAGCGAAUAAAUGGUAUACCUCUUUUUCAGUGGUCCAUAAUGAAUGGUGUCAGGCCUACAUGUUAAAUUUUGUUUUCAAUACCGCAAAUAAUUUUUAGUUCAUCAUUCUUAGUAACUACUUCAAUUAAUAUCGUGAUGCAAGUAUUAGUAUCUCAUUCAUCUCACUAAUAUUUUGUAGUUGAAAAUGUAAUGUUAGUACGUUUAAGUUUAAUAAAUAUGCGAAAAUCAGCCUAUUCAUUUAUUUUCUAUUAUUGUGGUAUUGAAAAGGAAAUGUUAUCGUUUGUUGUGACAAUGAAUAUAUUUUGUGAUAUAUAUUAAUCUCUAAUCCUUCUAUUUUUGAUAAGCCUACGAUGAGUAUUGCCAAACUUUAUGGGAAUUGUAUAGCAGAAUUUAAAUGGUUACUAAAGUACAGCAGAUGCAGCUUAUGUGUAGAUACUGAAUAGAGAGUCAAUUUUAAUUGAAAUUGCUGAUUUGCCAAAUUCUGUACCUGACAUUUUAAAACAUUUUGUUCAAAUUUCUCGUCCAAAAACAGUACUAAAUGUUUUUAUUCUAGUAGCAGCUUCAUUUAAUUGAUAUUCGAUAGUUAUAUUUUUGCUAUUGCGUUAUUUUAUGUCUUUAUUUUUGGCGUAAUCUGCAAUUUCGUAUAUUAUGUACGUAAUUAACUUUCAAAAUAGAAACGAAUGAAGUUCGUUGAUCAAUAAUCAAUUUCAGUUAUAAAUAUCGUGAAGUAUAUUAAAUUUUCGAUGUCAUUUUUAUCAUUGACGAUAUUUUCAAUGCGCAUUUCGUAUUUUUUUAUCGCUUGGUCAAUAUCAACAGUCGGAUUAUGAUCAUCUGCGCUUAUUUUUUUUUUUUUUAAAUGUCAUCGCUGCAUCCAAAUGUGAUAGUAAUUAGUUAGUGCCAAUAAAUAGAUUAAAUUUAAUAAAGAUCCUGUAAUUAUAAUUCUUAAAUUUUAUUCUUAAUACUACAGAAAUAUUUCACUUCUUUCGAUUGUAGACAAAUCAAAUCAGAAUAUUCUUAUUUCAAGUGAGAUCUUGCGGACACAUAUGAAUCAAUUUAAAGCUAAUAGUUUUAGUAUAUCUUAAAUAUUUUUUGACAAUAUCAAUAUAUACAUUUUAUAUAGGAUUAAAUUACGAAAUCAUUUGAUUGUAAAUUCAAUUGAUAUCGUAAAGCCAUUUUACCUUAAAAUUUGAAAUUUUUAAAAGACCCUUAUUACGUCGGUUUAUUUAGUUAACGAGAAAGUAAAAGGCCAUUAAAUUUGUGCCUCUGAGCGUGAAUGUUCGGGUUAUUACCGCUGCUUUCAAAGGAAAGGCGAUAUUUUAUUAGUUCCUUCCAAAACGAAAAUAAUUUUUUCAGUCGAAUUCGAUAACUUGAUUUAAAUUAUUUGUGUGUACAGAUUUUAUUUAAUAAUUUCAUUGUGUUCAAUUGAUAAGAAAAAUCCAGCAUCAAUACGGAUUUUUUCUUUUUUAUUAUUUAUAUAAAUCAAACUGUCAACUGUUUUUAUUGUUUAGUUCACUUGUUUUUUAAGCUAUAUUUAAUAUCAUAGUUAUUGAUAUACAUGUAUGUAUUAACGACGGAAUACAUGAUCAUGAGGAAAAAGUAAUUCAAUAAAGAUCCUAUCGAAAGAAGUGAAUAUGUAAUCUAUGUAAUUGUUUAUUGCCUGUGAAUGUUGUAUAUAAUGAGGUUAAGUAUCGAGGAACGUGCUAGUGUUCGAUGGUUUUGUAAAGUUAAUCGCAAUGGCUAAGAACAAGGAUUGUAUUGUCUUCACUACUUAAAAUGACUCUAUAAAAUAGUGUGAAAUAAAAUAAUUACUGAAUUAUUAGCGUAUGA